CUAAAUCAUAACAUAUAAAGCAAUGUGAGCGAGCGCUUGGCUCAUUCAUCCAGAUUUGUCAAAAUGCUUCGUUUUCUACUUUUGGGACUAAUUGUGGCAGUGUUUGUUUCGCUUCCUUCUAUUAGGACUGACGAUGCACUGACCGACCAAGAGAUCCUAGAAGCGGAUGAGCGACCCCUAGCUGGUCAACUCAAGGAUAGAGAGGUCCAGACAACUGGUAACAGCGAGAUUGACUGUGAUGGGAACCAGGAAUGCAGGGAGUGUUUUGCCGAAUGCGACGGUGAUGAGAAAUGUGCGAUGGACUGCGUGCUGCACAUUGGUCUUGAUAGUGAUGACAAACAAGGAAGUGAAAGAAUGCGAUUCGGGAGAUUCAGAAACAGGCCGGUCUUGCAGGCAGUCCCUGGGGGUUGGAGACGUUCAUAUCGGCAUAAGCCAUAGAUCUGUCACAAGCGCGGUUUUUGUUGUAACAGAAAGGCUACAAAAACAAAACAUGAUUGAUGAGGGGUUUAUAUCGCGAAAGAGUGUCUACGUACAGUGUUAAUUAGUUGCCUGACGAACUCUAACUUUUGGAAUGUAUACUAAUUAUUAUUAUUUAAGAGGCAUAAAUCAGGUUGAUACCAAACUAUUAACUUUUUAUUUUAAUGAAUUAUUAUUUUUAACUCAUUUGACUUAAAUCAUCAAAGCAAAACAAAAAGAUACGAAAUAAUAAUGCACUAAACAUAAAAUAAUUAUUAAAAAAUGAAUCUUGUCAUUUUAAGAAAAACAGCAAAAAACAAUCUUUAACAUUAUUUUAGCUGUCACUCAUAUCCGAUUUUGCUUUAAAAAAAACUAUAUUUUUCAAAUUCUAUCGACGCAAAUUUGUAUAAGUGUGCGAGAUUUUGAAAACGGUAAGAUUUCGAACUUUCUUUUUAAUUUAAUACAUGCUAACGAUAGAAGUGUUACAUCUACCAUUGUAUAUCACUAGUGUUAGCAUUUUUCUUUAAUUUAAACUUGAAGCAAUAAGCAUAUUCGCUGUAAUAAAAUAACUUGCAUGUUUAGAUAAAUUCAACAGCAUCGUAUAUUUAAUUAACAUCCACCUGUAAUUUUAUCUUCGUAUUUAUUUUGCCCCAAAUAAUCCUGCCCCUGUCCUGUAAAAUAAAUUCUGAAAAACUA